UAUUCAGUUUUUCAAUGGAACUGAAUAUUACACAACACCGUUCAAGCAAUUGCCAUUGAGAUGAAUGGGAAACCAACGCGUAGCUCUUUAUUUCCAGGCAGACCUCAUUGGGUUUGGACAUCAAAAGGAGAAGAGGUCAUGUGACCCAUCGGUACUAAUUGACAGCCGCUCCUCUCAUUGCUGUCACUGCUCGCGCACUGCGGCCGCGAGACUGGAGAGCAACACGAAAGAAAGAGACACGUGAGGCACUGAAGAGUCCACUUACACCCAAAAACUCAAGCUUAGAAGCCGAAUAUCACAAUUUACCCAUCAAAUAGGAGAAUAUAACGCUUGAACGGUUGAAAAUGAUGAAUCAGAUCGAGCUUUCGGUUCCAUAUGAUAAUGGAUAUGAACCGGACGAUUACAUGAUGCAGGAUGAAGAAUGGGACCGGGAUUUACUGCUGGAUCCAGCAUGGGAAAAGCAGCAACGGAAGACGUUCACGGCCUGGUGCAACUCUCACCUGAGGAAAGCUGGGACACAGAUUGAGAACAUAGAGGAAGACUUCAGGAAUGGCCUCAAACUAAUGCUGUUGCUUGAAGUCAUCUCAGGUGAGAGGUUACCCAAGCCUGACAGAGGAAAGAUGCGUUUUCACAAGAUAGCCAAUGUCAACAAAGCCCUUGAUUUCAUCACCAGUAAAGGAGUGAAACUGGUCUCCAUUGGAGCUGAAGAAAUUGUGGAUGGGAAUGUGAAAAUGACUCUUGGAAUGAUCUGGACCAUCAUCCUUCGCUUCGCCAUUCAGGAUAUCUCUGUUGAAGAAACUUCGGCCAAAGAAGGACUUCUGCUGUGGUGUCAGAGGAAGACUGCUCCCUACAGGAAUGUCAAUAUUCAAAACUUUCAUGUCAGCUGGAAGGAUGGAUUAGCGCUGUGCGCUCUCAUCCACAGGCACAGGCCUGACCUCAUUGACUACGCCAAACUCAACAAGGAUGAUCCACUGGGUAAUCUGAAUUUGGCAUUUGACAUUGCUGAAAAACAUCUGGACAUCCCCAAAAUGCUGGAUGCAGAGGUCCUAGUUAGCAGUGACAGGCCAGAUGAGAGGACAGUCAUGACUCAUGACGUAUAUCUCCAGUUACUAUCACACCUUUGCAGAGUCUCAAAAGACAUCCUGAACACCCCCAAGCCUGAUGAGAGAGCAAUUAUGACAUAUGUGUCCUGCUUCUACCAUGCCUUUGCUGGAGCUGAACAGGCUGAAACCGCUGCUAACAGGAUCUGUAAGGUGCUGGGAGUGAAUCAGGAAAAUGAGAAGUUGAUGGAGGAUUAUGAAAGACUGGCUAGUGAGCUGUUGGAGUGGAUCAGACGUACCAUUCCCUGGCUCGAGAAUCGUGUGCCGGAGAAGACCAUGUCAGAGAUGCAGCGGAAGCUGGAGGAUUUCCGAGAUUACCGCAGGAUGCACAAACCUCCCAAAGUGCAGGAGAAGUGUCAACUGGAAAUCAGCUUCAACACCCUUCAGACUAAACUCCGCAUUAGCAACCGGCCUGCGUUUAUGCCCUCUGAGGGCAAGAUGGUUUCGGACAUAGCAAGUGCGUGGCAGGGGCUGGACCAGGCAGAGAAGGGCUAUGAGGAAUGGCUGCUAACGGAGAUCAGGAGACUGGAAAGACUGGACCAUCUAGCAGAGAAAUUCAGGCAGAAAGCUACCAACCAUGAGACCUGGGCUGCAGGUAAGGAGGAGAUGUUGACCCGGAAGGACUACGAGUCAGCAUCUUUAGUGGAAGUCCGAGCUUUGCUGAGGAAACACGAGGCAUUUGAGAGUGACCUUUCCGCCCACCAGGACAGAGUUGAGCAGAUUGCUGCUAUUGCUCAGGAGCUCAAUGAGCUGGACUAUCAUGAUGUUGCAUCAGUGAAUCAAAAGUGUCAAAGUAUUUGUGACCUCUGGGACCAACUGGGUACACUCACUCAGAAACGCAGAGAGUCUUUGGAGAGGACAGAGAAACUUUUGGAGACGGUGGAGCAGUUGUUUCUGGAAUACGCAAAGAGAUCUGCACCCUUUAAUAACUGGAUGGAGGGAGCCAUGGAAGACUUACAGGAUAUGUUCAUAGUGCACACCAUUGAAGAGGUCCAGACUCUGAUAGCUGCUCACGAGCAGUUUAAGGCCACACUUCCUGAGGCAGAUGCAGAAAGGCAGGCGAUCCUUGGCAUACAGCAGGAAGUCCUGAAGAUCUCCCAGAAUUACGGCAUUCGUGGAGACCUCACCAACCCCUACAGCACCAUAACUACAGAAGAGAUUGCCAUCAAGUGGGACAAGGUGAAGAAGCUGGUUCCCCAGCGUGACAGUGCGCUGCAGGAGGAGUUAGCGCAACAGCAUGCCAACGAAAGGCUCAGGCGCCAGUUUGCUGCCCAAGCCAACCUCAUCGGAUCCUGGAUACAGGCCAGGAUGGAGGAAAUUGGUCGUUGUUCUAUGGUGACGGGUGGGACUUUGGAGGAUCAGAUGACCCAGCUGAAGCAGUAUGAGCAUGUGAUCGUCAGCUAUAAACCCAACAUAGACAGACUGGAGGGAGAUCACCAACUCAUCCAGGAGUCACUUAUCUUUGACAACAAACAUACUAACUACACUAUGGAGCAUAUUCGUGUUGGCUGGGAGCUCCUUUUGACUACGAUCGCUCGCACUAUUAAUGAAAUUGAGACUCAAAUUCUGACACGUGAUGCAAAAGGCAUCAGCCAGGAGCAGAUGAAUGAAUUCCGAUCCUCUUUCAACCACUUUGAUCGGAAGAAGAAUGGGGCGAUGGAUUCGGAUGACUUUAGGGCCUGUCUGAUCUCGAUGGGUUAUGAUCUGGGUGAGGUGGAGUUUGCUCGGAUCAUGAUGCUGGUUGAUCCAAAUGCUUCAGGCGUUGUGUCAUUCCAGUCUUUCAUUGACUUCAUGACAAGAGAGACGGCGGAUACAGACACAGCUGAACAGGUCAUCGCUUCCUUCAGGAUCCUCGCUGCAGACAAGCCAUAUAUUCUGGCAGAUGAGUUGAGGCAAGAGCUUCCUCCAGACCAGGCAGAGUACUGCAUCAGCAGGAUGCCCCCAUACUCCGGCCCCGGGGCUCUGCCUGGAGCCCUGGACUACACUGCCUUCUCCACAGCCCUGUACGGAGAGAGUGAUCUUUAACUCUCUCAACACCUCUGACCUUUUCGACCCCGCCUCACUCAGCCUCAAGAAAUGAAAACAUGGCAAAUAAACAAAAUGAGCACAAUUUCAGUUUUUAAUCUCAUUUGAUGUAUUUUGCUAGAUGAUUGAUAUAAAAUGUUUAAGUCAGUAUACAUGGAAUGCAGUCUGGAAGUGAAAAGAAUGCAAGUAAAAAAAUAAAAAAAAAGUGGUUAUUUAUCUGUAGCAAUCCAAAAAAAUUUGAAUUUUAGAUUUACUUUCUCAUAAAUUGUCGAAUCCAAGGCAUGGGAAACUUUUUUACUGUCCUUCAUGUAGGCUA